AUGGCGGACGGCGGGAGUACCGGCGGCGCUUUGGCGCGCGGCGACGGCAACUCCCGCGCCUCCCCCGCCGGGGACCUCGCGCCAAAUCCCGCAGCCCGAGCAGGAGACGCCGAGGCUCUCGCGGAGCGCGAGGCCGCAGAGGAGCGAGUAAGCGGCGAUGGCGGUAACGGCGACGCCGCCGCCGCCACCGCCGCCGCCGCUGCCGCCGUCGCCGCCGCGGCCGCAUCUGCGAUCGACGGCGGCGGCAGCAGCAGCGGCGGUCGUAACAGCGGCGACGGCGAUCGGACCACCAAACAAUCGCUACCUUCCCUGCCUCCGCCGCCGCCGCCUCCUCCUCCACCUCCGCCGCCGGUGAACCUGCUGGAGGCGUGCUUCGUGUGCCGCGAGAGCCUUCAGAGCCGCGAGCCCAAGCUGCUGCCGUGCCUGCACUCGUUCUGCCACGCGUGCCUCCCCCCGCCAGAGGAGAGGCGGCUCGGGGUGCCGACGGGCCCCGGAGCGAUGAACGGCGGCGAGACCCGCGUCCAGAUUGCCCAAGUGGUUCGUUGCCCCGUGUGUCAACAAGAGUUCCGCCUGGUGGAUGUCCUCGAUAACUACUUUGUGCGCGACGGCCCAGAGCAGCAGCCCAGCGCGACCGAGAGCACAAGCCAGGUGUGCACGAGCUGCGAGGAUAACGCAGAGGCAGCUGGCUUCUGCGUGGAGUGCGUGGAGUGGCUGUGCCGCACGUGCGUGGAGGCGCACCAGCGCGUCAAGUUCACCAAAGACCACACCGUUCGCCUUAAGGACGACACCGCCGACGGUUUGCUGGGCCUGUCGGGCCAGCGCCCCGUGUUGUGUCCCGUGCACAAGCAGGAGCAGCUGAAGCUGUUCUGCGAGACGUGCGACCGCCUCACCUGCCGCGACUGCCAGCUGCUGGAGCACAAGGAGCACAGGUACCAGUUUCUGGAAGAAGCCUUUCAGAACCAGAAGACCAUCAUUGAGACCUUUAUGGCCAAGCUGCAAGAGAAGAGGAAUUACGUCCAAAUCGCCGCCAACCAAGUGCAGAACCGGUUGAACGAGGUGCAGGAGAGCAAGAGGAAGGUGGAGCACGACAUCAAGGUGGCGAUCUACACGCUCAUGAACGAGAUCAACAAGAAGGGCAAGGCCCUACUGCAUCAGCUCGAGGCCCUGACGGGGGAGCGGCAGUCUCGGCUGCAGGCGCAGCACGGGGAGGUGAUGCUGCUGUCCCGCCAGGUCGACCACGUCAUGAACUUCGCGCGCUGGGCCCUGACGGCGCACAGCAACUUCGCUCUGCUCUACAGCAAGAGACUGAUCUUCUUCCAGCUGCGCCGCGUGCUGCGAGCACCUUGCGAUCCCACGCCGGCGCUGAGCGGCGGCGUCGUCAGGUUUUACUGCGACCCCAACUUCUGGGCACGCAACGUCCUCAACCUGGGAACACUGGUGAUGGAGAACCCUGUGACUGGGCCCGGGAGGGAUGGACCCCAAUCUUACAUGACCAAUCAAAGUGCGGGGAGCAUGGCUCCACCCUCGGCAGAGGGUGGAGCCGGCAGUGGCGGUGGGGCACAGCCAGGCCAAAUCAACCUGGCGCAGCUCCGCCUGCAGCACAUGCAGCACCGCCUGAGCCGCCUGGCCGCCUCCAUCAGGCAGCCGUCCUCCCAGCAUGCACUGCAACGACCGCUCACCUCCGUCCACAUGGUCAACCAACAGCCAAUCAUCCUGCAAUAUCAUAGUGCACAGCCCCCCAGGCUGGUCACCCUGCCCCCCACUUCACGGGGGCCCCCCUGCGGACCCCUACCCAACCCGCUGCAGCAGCUGCAGCAAUUCUCCACGGGAUCCAUUCCCGGGGGGUCAGCGCCAUCCCACUCCAGCCAGCAAGGGGUACCCCCCCAACUCAUGCGGCAGCACUCUGUGGCGGGUGGGGGACCUGGACCCCCGGGUGGCUCCCACCUCUCCAUGGGUCUCUCAUCAAUCCCGUCCGUCACUAACCCAGAAAACCUACCCACGGUACCCGACAUCCCUCCCAUACAGCUGGACGAGUUUGGCGGCAUGCUGCUGAUGCGAGACGGGCCCCCCCCCGGCCACCUGUCCCACGGCGCCACGGCCGCCCCCCCCGCCCACCUCUCCUCCCCGGGGUCAAGCUCGCAGUCGCCCCAUCCUCCGCCGGUGCAGUCGCCCAACCUGGGUGCAUCGCACCUGCACGGGGCCGUCAACUCCACGUCUCACAUGGCUCCCGUUCGACCCUCAAGUGCCUCCAGUAACGGCAGCCGAGCCAGUGCCAUGGGCGAUCCGCUGGACCACAUUUCCAUCGUGAAGGUGGAGCAGGUCUACGUGAAGCAGGAGCCCGGCACCACCGCCAGCCACGGCAACGCCUGCCGCCACUCCUCCCCACCGCCGCCACCACCGCCGCCGCAGCAGCAGUCGCACAGCAGCGGCAGAAGCAGAACUGCAGGUGGCUCGACAAAAACAACAACCACCACCAAAGUGCGCAUCAAGCCGGAAGGCAGCACGCCCAGCAAGCGGCGCUCCUGCAUGCUCGGUUCUCGCGGGUCAAGCCUCACGCCCCCGACCUCUAACCCCGGCUCUGCUGAGGGGGCUGGGGGAGUGACGAGCGGCAGCACAGGAAGAGGGGGAACAGGCGGCGGGGGCGAGGCAAAUGCCUCGGCGGACGACGACGACCCGAACGAGGACUGGUGCGGUGUGUGUCAGAACGGAGGAGACCUCCUCUGCUGCGAGCGGUGCCCCAAGGUCUUCCACCUGAGCUGCCACGUGCCGGCCCUGCUCUCGUUCCCCACCGGGGAAUGGCUGUGCGCUUUCUGCCGGAGCGUGGGGAAUCCAGAGAUGGAGUACGACAGCGAGGAUCAGCAGCAUGGGCUGGACGGGAAGCGCAAGACCCUGCUGCCCUCUCCGGGGCUCUCCGGGCCCGACCAGCGUAAAUGUGAGCGGCUGCUUUUGCACCUGUUCUGCCACGAGCUGAGUGCGGCAUUUCACGAGCCCGUCAGCCACUCGGUGCCUAGCUACUAUAAGACGAUCCGCAAGCCCAUGGACCUGUCGACCAUCAAGCUGAAGCUGCAGAAGAAGCACAUGGAUCACUACCACACUCCCGCCGAGUUCGUGAGCGACGUGCGGCUCAUCUUCAAGAACUGCGCCAAGUUCAACGAGCCUGACUCGGAGGUGGGCCGUGCGGGCCUGUCCGUCCUGUCCUUCUUCGAGGAGACGCUCUCCCGGCUUUACCCGCAGCUGUGCGUGCCCACCACGCCGGCGGCCGUGUUCGGCGCAGACGGCCCUCCCACCUCGUCGGCGUCAUCGUCGGCGUUGACGACGGCGGUGACGCAGCCACCGUCGCCGCCGCUGCCGCCGUCGUUGCUGUGGCUGUCGUCGUCUCCGCCGCCGCCGCUGCCGCUGCCACCCACGCCUCUUCGCUCGGCCUCGUCCUCUUCCUCGUCGCCUCCACGGCCGUCGUCGGUGCCGUCGCCGAACCCGGCCAGCGCCACCUCCUCCUCCGUGCCGACCUUCGCCGCCGCCGCCGCCGCCGCCGUCCCCCUCGGUGGAGGAGGGCCGGGAGGGAAGAAGAAGGGCGGACGACGGAAGCUGAACAACAAUGACGAUGACUAUCACGACGACGGGGAAAUCGAGACGUCUGACGAGGACUUUGAGCCUCGGCGGAAGAAGCGUGCGGGGCGCGGGGAUGAGAAGCCGGUUCACAUCAGUGAGUCGGCCACAACGCUGUGAACCCCGCGACCAGAGUUCAGCCGCCAGCCACGGCUAACAUCAGUGGGCGAGUGAUAUCUGAAGCAUUCCCGGGGCUCGCCUUUCACCAGCCAAGCACUGCCAAGUGCGGUGUGGUCAAACAACCCCUAGUAUGGUCAAACAAACCCCUAUGACACGGUGCGGCAUUCAUCCAGCAGUGAAUCGGCAAAGAGCUGAACACGAUUAAUUUUACAUCGUUGUCAAAUGUUAUCGUUGUGAAUCCAAAACUGCCAUCUCCCACGUUCAACUGCUGUAUCGUCACACUCGGCAUGCGAAUCUGCUUGGUGACCUAGUACAGCCCAACAUAUUUUCCAAAACUCGACACCAUCGUCGCACAGCCCAAUCGCAGCCUAUCCGAGAAUAUCACCGUCCCGAGGCUCAUCGUGGUGCGUCUCUACACCUUCCUGAAGCGGAGUGGUUGUACAACCAUAUUUAUCCAAAGCAGCUUUCCAACUGGGUCCCGAGCAGGGUUCGCAAACACCUCUCUUCAUCCAGCAGCGAGGUGGAAAAUGGUUGCCCGCUAUGACGAGCAAGCGACGCUCACCGGCAAAACAAGACUUUUCUCGCAAGCGACCGGUUGUGAUUCGGAUGGAACGAGUCGAACUGUUUCCGGCGGCAUUGGCGGCAGCGUAAAUUCCACAUUCCUUCGGCAGGAGACAAAUUUGUUUGCAUGAUCACCGCCUCACGCAAAGCGAUACACGUGUUAUCGGCCCUGGAAGGACCGCGGUGGUAAUAAUGACGAUGUCAGUGCUUUGAUGUUACCAGCGACCGGGAAUUGAAUCCCGCUGUAUAUAUUUGUGUUUACUUGUGAAGACCGAUGCUCAGUCGUGGGUUUCAAUCCAAACAAACAAAACGCUUAUGACAGAACGAUACCUGUUUCACGCUGAACCAGAAACGGUCGAUGUUCCGACUGAGAGGCCUUGCUCAAAAGGGCUCGCAUCAUCACCAGGAUCCCAAGCCUUCUCCUGCUCAGCGAAGAUUUAAACAAACACAAGACUUGUGGAACCCAUUGCCGGUCCGACGGCAUAAAUGUCCAUAGACCUUGGUGAACGAAUGGAUAUUUAAAUGCACCAGCGGCAGAUUCCACUGAUAUUUACGGAGAAAGAUCAAUCGUGUAUGUGUGCAUGUGCGAACGGUAUAUAUGUAUGUAUAUAUUAGGGAUGUAUUCCUGAUUUUAUGAUCCUGGACAUUUGAGAGUUUUGGAUCCGUAAAAAAAAGGAAAUCUGAUCGUUGCAAAAAUGUAAUUUCACAUAAAAGUGACUUCAUUUAUUUGUGUUACGAAGUGAUGUCACUUCCAUGCUUUUCCUGCCAAAAGUGCCAGCGUUUAGACGUUAGGUGAUGUGACUUGUGGGUAAAUUAUUUAAAUAUAACAAUUGUUUAAUUCAAGUUUUAGUUUUACUGUUGGCAUUUUACGUAAAAAAAAUUACUAACGUUUAAAAUUAUUAAAGAGGACUUCAUUUUGUGCAUAAACAAUAAAAGUUAUUCAAGUGGAAUAAUGUUUUAUUUAUAUGACAAUAUGAAAUAAAAUUUGCAAAUUGCCCCUAGUCAAAAAAUCAUAUCUAAGAACGUGUAAUGAUAAGCUCAUCCCUAGUAUAUGUAUGUAUGCACAUGGCAGCUGAAGUGCAUUGUUGUUAGAGAUUCUGCGUCUGUUGCGUGACUUUCAGUGGAUUUUAAACGAGCAUUCUAUUUGGAUUUGUAAAAUAUUGUUUAUAUUUAUCACCAUUCAGUGGGAUUGGCCAACGUGACGGACCGGGGUUCUGCAUCUGACGCAGUGAUGAGGUUUCUGUACCGGAUGGAGCCAGGGUUUUAGAUUUUGAAUGUCACGGAUUUCGUAUGGAAAUUAAACGAGGGUUCUAGUAUCGGAUAGUUAGCCGUGACCAGUAAUUCACAACCAGAUUUUCAUAGCUGGUUUAAUUUCCUUCCGUUGAGCCAACAGAUAGCGGAUGUAUCACUCUCGCUGUUUCGUGUAUGUACGUAUCUACUGAAUUCUUCGGAUUAUGAUGCACAUUCCCCCCCCCCACCCUCCAAUAUUUUAAAGCCAAAGUUGUGGGAGUGCAUCUUGCAAUUUGGGGAAUUCGUGUCUUGUGCAAUGCACGUGUUGUAACACAGCCGUUCAGAAUAAUUUUCCGGAAAGCAGUUCCUCCGUAGCGAUUGGACAGAAGACGCCACCGGCCAUUCAGAAUCCACAUCCAGAGGGGCGUCUCUUCAACCCCCCCCUGCCACCGUUAUAUUAAAUUGGUGCUAACAGUUCUAUACAUGGGAGACAGCUCUCCACGGUACACAGCUGAUAGCGCCACUCGGCAACUGAUCGCAGUGUCUCGCGCGCGCGCGCGCGCGCGCGUCCUCUCCUUCACUCGAGCGAGUGCGUUAUUGACGGGAGACAUCUCGUGUCUGUUGGGGGGGAGGGGGGUCCGCUUUGGAAAGUUGCCGCCGCCGCCAAUCGCGAUUGGUGCUGUGGCUGACGGUGGGCGGCCAUCGGAUCAUGUUAGCGGGGCGGUGAGAUGGCCAAGCGUUGGCGCGUUUGCCCCCUGUCGCAGAGGUUCGCGGUUCUAACCCCACCCCCCUCCCGGCCGUCCGGGUUAACACUGCUGCUGUUCUAACUGUGAAAUAUUUGCCGCCUGCUUCACGGGGGAAGUUAAAGACGUUUGGGAAAAAGGGGGGGGGGAGGCCUUGUGUGCCAGUGGUAAUGAACCAAAUGUGAAGAGAUUACUUAAAUAUCUGAAUUGAGUAAACCAGCCGUAACAUUCGCCCCUCUACCGGCAGACGAAUGCUCACUUUCAAUCCGGUGCUGUGUUCACCUUGUGCCACACAGGAUGAGUUUAAAGACGUUUGUUCCCUUAUGGGCACAAUUUAAAUGCAAGUUGUUGGUAUUGUGUUGAUGGGCGCGACAUAGCCAUGAGCAGAGAAACGGGACGAAUAGGGUCAGGGGUCAGGGUUAGUGGCAAGAGUUUGGGUCAUGUACACCCAUUGGUUGAAGCGGUAUUUCUCAAGGCCGUUUGGCUGCCGUGACUGGACCAGUAAUACUGGAUAUUUUUCGAUUUAAAGCUUUCGUGACUGCAGGGAUUCAUCUUCUUGGUUCUUUCGGUAAAGUCACUUAGAAUGGAAAUAAUAAAAUAAUAAAAAUAACACAUAAUUAAAUCUCACGACGUUUCGGCCACAACGCAAGCAGCCGUCCUCAGGUGAAGACCAGGUCUAUGUGACUUUACCGAAAGAACCAAGAAGAUGAAUACUGGAUAUCCCAAGCACCAUCCCGAGGCAGCCACCACGCUAAGGCUUUCCGAGGUUGACCAGUUCACCCUCGUUCAGAUACAUGCUGGUCUUGCCUGAUGAUAGCUGAACCGUUCGGUGCACGGCUCACAGGGCAUUGGUUCAUUUGAAUCGGAGCUCCCUUUGUCACGUAGUAGAACAACAACGGCUGCCAUUCGACGCGAGGCGCCGGUGAUCACACCAAAGCACUUGCAUCAGGCUCGGUGAAACAACCAGUGUCUCAUCAGUUUGGAACCGCAUUACCAUUUUGGACACACAAGAUCCUAAUUGAAUCGGCGCUCUACGAUAUGGAGGACACAGACAUAGUGGUGGUGGUGAUGGAGAAAGGAGGUGGUGGUGGUGGCCGAGGUUCAGGCCAGCUUGAGUAGUCUGUCGAUGUUGGUGCCAUUGCUGUGGUAUUUUGACACUGAAGAACUGAAUGUCUUUGCUCAACGUCACAAUAAUCCCUUGUUUUCUAAGUAAGUGUACCCUGGUCUGUGUGGACACGUGUGUAAGGGCAUGUAUAUCUGUGUGUGUGUGUUUACCUGUUUGUAUCCGAGUGUGAGUACUGCACCUUGGUGUGCGUGUACAAAUCUGCGUGUGUUGUGUUUUGACGAGUAGCUAUGUGGCAUUCUAUUCUAUUUGUAAUUGUGGUGCACUGGCCCAAGCCCUAUCCCCUAACUCCACCACGUGACCGUGAAUGUCGGUUGCUGUCAUGAAUCUCAAUGGGGGGAAGAACACCCCCCCCCCCCCCCCCAUGAUGGUCGAUUUAGACAUCACAUCCGUUGGUUUGUGGGUUUUUAUUAAUCCAUUGCGCCGUUUUAAUAAGCAGGAACCCCACCCCAUUCAACACUAAGGGCUCUUCGCAAGCAACCUGCAAGCCCAGGAACGGACGGGGAGACCCCCCCCCACACCCGUCUUUCAAUUGACUUUCGGUUUUCACGCGGAAAGUCACUGCAGAUUUCACCUGUGCGCUGUGAAUAUACCCCCGCGAUGACGGCACUGGAGCGCUACGACUGGGCGCUCCAGAAAGUCGAUUGGAAAGUGUGAUUCGUUUUGUCAACAGAGGUUGAAGUUCAUUUUGGGGAGAGCCCCCCCCCAACAACCCCCCCCCCCCCCCCCCCCCACUGAUCCGAACACGGUGAUCGUUGUCCGAGUCGUCGUCGGGGCUGGCAGUGAUUUUAUGGGGAGAGAAAAUGAAGUUAGAGGAGCAAAAACGGAAGUUUAUAAAAUGUUGACCAAUGCCGCGUAGAGGUAGGCUGCGUAGGAGUCUGUAAUAAGGCAGAUUUGGCGAACAUUUUGGAUUAUUAACGAGCCGACGUUAGAAAUAUUUUUUACUGUCGAUGUGCGUUCGUGCGUGCUUAGCCGGUGUUAUGAGUGGCAUCCACCUCAUGUACACGAAUGGUGAAUGAGUAAAGAAACGAUGAGUGACGUGGCUUGGGAAUACAUUUAACCUUUUCAUGCCGCAUGGUUAAAACGACACGAAUCGUAAUGUAAAUAAAUAAACGGCAAGUUUGAAAGUGAUUUUUUUUUUAUUGUGCUUCGUGUUUUGGCGCAAAAGUCCAUUGCUGGUAAAUUUUGGCCAGAAUUUUUGUACCAAACCUGCGGUAAAUUGCAGCACUUUUUCGCCAAACUGAAACCUUGUGUUGUUGUGGCCAGCUUGUAGGGUCCCACUGCUAGACAAAGCCUCCCCAUUCCCCAAGUUGCUCCCAUCCUGUGAGGUCAUUUUCAGAGCGUCACGUUCAUUUCCAGCGAAUGAGCCUUUCGGAAAAAGUAGAAUUUUUUUUGAUAAAAAAUAAGUAAGCAUUUUCAAAACGUUAACUGGAGAAUUUUUCUCGGUGAUUGUAUGUAUGUUGAACUUAUUUUGCGCCGAACGUAAGCCAGCCUUGCCGUGCUGAAUAGGAUGUUCUAAUAGUUUCUACACCAAAUAGAGAAUACUUGUUUUUCCAUCAACGUAUGAAUAAUACAUUUGCAUUUUGUAAGAUGUACAUAACUGUCAAGGAGGAAUAUUCGUUUGCUGUGGCUGGGCCCCAGUCGCCAUGUAAGGUAGCCACUGUUGACUUCCUCCAAAGUGGUGGUGCCUAUUUUUAUCAGAAUCAUAUUUAUACUGGAGGAAUCCGAUGAGCUAUGAAGCUAUUUCCCACAGAUGUCCAUUAGAGGAGGAUAAGCACGUUACAACAGCAAUACAAAACACGAUAGUCCAAAGUCUAAGAAAGAUAAACAUCACCCAAACACAUAGAAAUAUAACUAAACCAUGCCAAUCCUACCAGGCAAAGCUCACCAAAAUAUUAACUUAUUUUUCAGAAGCGACCUGGCCACGGUCGAUAGCUCAAUAAAGUGGCCCUAUCAUUUGGACAUUUUUAUAGCGGCUGAAAAUUAUCUGAAUAACUUUAAUGCAAUCCUUCUAGAGGGGAUGUUGAACUGUAAAAUUACGCUCCAGUUCUUAUGAAUGUUUUUGCAAAACGUGAACCCUUGGCUCGAGUAAAAGUCGUUUUGGUAACUUUUCUUCGUAAAAAAAUUGCUUGUAAAUGUAAACACUUUUGAGUCUCGUUAUUAUUCCUAGAUUCAUUGUCGAGUUAUUUUUUAUCGUUAAUGUUUUUCUGUUUUAUACGGUAUUGCAACUUCGUCUAAAUGUUUCUGCUCUUCUCAAAAGUGUUGGGAUUGAUUUGAGCGUUGAGCCUUUCAGAAAACGAGAAAAAUAAAAACAAUCUGAAGCGUUUUUAAGUGAACUAGAAAAAUAAUGUCUUAAUUACAAGGCCCCAAAAAAAUACUCAAUGUUACGUUGUGGUUUGUAAGUUCACAGUUCAAGUUAAUAAAGCAAAUGGA